AUGGUAGAUGCGGGUAUUUUAGAAAAAGUUGAGAUGUCAAGAUGGGCAACGCCAAUCGUACCAGUUUUGAAAAAAGACAGUGGAAUUAGAAUCUGUGGUGACUUUAGUGUCUCAGUUAACCCGUCAUUAAUUGUUGAUAAGCAUCCGUUACCUACAAUAGAAGAAUUAUUUGCAUCUAUGUCGGGCGGCACGAUAUUUUCACAAAUCGACUUAAAGCAAGCGUAUUUGCAACUACCGGUUGAGGAAACUGAUAGAGAGAUUCUCACGUUAAGUAUGCACAAGGGAUUAUUUAAAUGUAAUAGAUUAAUGUACGGUGUGGCAUCUGCGCCGGCUAUUUGGCAACGAACUAUGGAGAACAUAUUUUCCGGAAUACCCGGGGUGGCAGUAUUUCUCGAUGACAUUAGAAUCGCGGGAAAAGAUUUAGAACAACAUUUGGAAAGAUUAGAAUCAGUCUUGAAACGUUUAUCUGAACAUAAUAUACGUAUCAACGUCGAGAAAGUUAAGUAUAACAUUAAGAAACUAAUUGUAACUCUUCCUAUUACCAUCCUUACCAUCAUGCCUUACCAACAUAUCUUCAUUACCAACAUCCUCAUUACCGACACCUUCCUUACCGACACCUUCAUUACCCACAUAUUAAUCUUAACCUUUCCACCACCUUUGACCCUUCCACCACCAAGAUGA